UUUUGAGAUUCUUAGAUAUGAAUUUAAGAAUUCUUACAACAAAUCAGAAGGCACCUAGAUCUAAAAACAAAGAGACUGGAAAUGUGUUGGGGUUUUUUGGGAAAGGGUGGAGAGAGGACUUGGAAGAAAAGGAGAGACAACCGGAGUUCCCUCUUUUGGUGAGCUCUCACUUCAUUUCAUUUGCUGCCAACUAUUGCGACUUUGACAUCACAACUCCAACACUCCUCCAUGGGGUUAAAGCUGGGGAAACAAGAAAUUUACCUUAGCAUUUUGAAAUCAGCCAUUUGUAAUACUGUUUGCUUUGAUUUUGUGUUGUUGUUGAUGCUAAGGCCACCUUCCUUAGCACAGCAGCUCCUCCUUCAAUGCUGCAGCUUCAUCUCGCUAAGAUUUUCAGCUUUUAACAAAAUUCUGGAGCUUUGCUGAAAAGUUUCCCUAAGUUGCUCAGUUUUCUUUCUUUUCCAUUUUCAUCUACAGCUUCCUUGGGGUCACAGGUCGAAUUUAACUUUAUGGUGAACAAUACUUGAUGCAUUCUUUGAGUUUUCCUCCUUUCUCAGGCUGCACCUUCACUGGACAUUCUUUUUCCCUUUGGACUGCUGUCUGUGGAAUCCAUGAACACCGUCUCUUUGUUGGUCCAGCUUGCCUCUCCACACCAUCUCCUUACUAUGCUUGAUCUUGAGCUAUAGUGGCCUACCAUAUGCCUUCGUCACUUGCUGAGUAGUUUGGCCAAAAAUGAAUGAGGGAUUUCACA